UGAUGGGGUGGUAAGGGAGAGGGUGCGAGAGUGCCACAGUCCAGUUCAAACUAAUUAACUUCACUGGUUUGCUUUUUGUUUUGAUUGUCACCAUGUUGCGGGUUGUGGUAGAAUCGGCUCAAGGUCUGCCUAAAAAGAAGGUUGGAAGUCCUGAUCCGAUUACAACAGUGUUUUUUAAAGAUGAAAAGAAGAAAACAAAAUCGAUUGACAGUGAGCUGAAUCCUGUAUGGAAUGAGGUGCUUGAGUUUGAUCUGAAGGGCAACACACUGGACUCCAGCUCCUACCUAGAUGUGAUUGUGAAAGACUAUGAGACGAUUGGGAAAGAUAAAUUCCUUGGGUCAACCAAAAUCUCUUUGAGAGACCUUGCCUCAGGUCAAGUUAAAUCACUACCAUCUAAAAAUGUGCCUUUGGUCAAUGAAAGUGGACAGAGUAUUGGAGCUACAAUCAACCUUGUAAUUGCCUACGAUCCUCCAGCCAAUGCUGUACCAAACCCUAAUGACCCUCAAGCAGGAGAUGCCACAGUGGAUGCUGGUGGUGAUGGUGAUGGGGGUGAUGAUACCGCACUUGAUGGGGCCCAGAGUGGCUCUGCAGGGGUCGCCUCAUCCCCUGGUAAGCCCGGUAAACCUGCUAACCUACGCCAGCGGCUGGCCAGGGCACAGAAUCGCCACAGGCUAGUCAAUAAACCUCAGGACUUCCAGAUCCGUGUCCGGAUCAUCGAGGCCCGUCAGUUGCCCGGCAACAACAUCAAACCAGUGGUGAAGGUGAAUGUGUGUGGACAGACCCACAGGACCCGGAUCAAGAGGGGAAACAACCCUUUCUUUGAUGAGAUGUUCUUCUACAAUGUCCACAUGCUACCAUCAGAUAUGUUUGAACAGAACCUCAGCUUUCGGGUGUAUAACUCCUAUUCACUGAGGGCUGACAGUCUCAUGGGAGAAUUCAAGCUGGACGUUGGUUAUGUCUAUGAUGAGCCAGCCCACUGUGUCAUGAGGAAGUGGCUUCUCUUAAAUGACCCAGAUGACUCCAGCUCUGGAGCUAAAGGCUACCUCAAAGUCAGCCUCUUUGUGGUGGGGGCUGGGGACGAGCCUCCGGAGGAGAAAAGGGAGUCUAAUGAUGACCAAGAUGACAUAGAGAGUAACCUGCUGAUGCCAGCUGGUGUCACACUGCGAUGGGCUACCCUGUCGCUAAAGGUGUUCAGAGCUGAAGACAUUCCCCAGAUGGAUGAUGCAUUUGUCACAACAAUGAAGGAAAUCUUUGGAGGAGAUGGAAACAAGAAGAACCUGGUGGAUCCCUUCUUAGAAGCUCGUUUCGCAGGCAAAAAGCUGUGCACUCAGAUCAUCGAGAAGAAUGCAAACCCUGAGUGGAACCAAUUAUUGAACCUCCAAGUGAAGUUUCCCUCUAUGUGUGAGCGUGUCAAACUGACAGUCUUUGAUUGGGAUCGUUUGACUGGAAAUGAUGCUAUUGGUACCACAUAUCUGAACCUGGCCCGGAUAGCCUCCUCUGGUGGAGAGAUAGAAGAGGAACAUGCGGGAAAUGGGGAAAUACCGUCGUAUGAAGCAAACACAGGAGAGUCUGAAGUGGGUUUUCUGCCCGUCUUUGGGCCCAGCUAUAUCAACCUGUAUGGCAGCCCCAGAGAGUUCAGCGGCCUGCCAGAUCCCUACGAAGAUCUCAAUUAUGGAAAGGGAGAAGGUGUGGCCUACAGGGGCAGGAUCCUUGUCGAGAUGUCCACUAAGCUAGAGGGGAAAAUGGACAAAACAGUAGACAGCAUCCACAGUGAUGACAUCCUGGUGGUACAGAAGUACCAGAGGAGGAGGAAGUACUGUCUGUGUGCAGUCUUCCACAGCGCCACCAUGAUACAAGAACCUGGAGAACCAAUACAGUUUGAAGUCAGCAUUGGUAACUACGGUAACAAACUGGACACCACCUGCAAACCACUGGCCUCCACGACUCAGUAUAGCUGUGCUAUGUUUGAUGGUAACCACUACUACUACCUUCCCUGGGCUGGCACCAAGCCGGUUGUCGCAGUUAUGUCAUUCUGGGAGGACAUCAGCCACCGUCUGGACACAGUCAACAUCAUCCUCUACAUUACUCACCACCUGCAAUCCAACCUGGAGGCAUUUAAAACUGCUCUCUCAGCCAAAGUGUCUGACAACCAACUUACAGAGGUGUGGCUGAAGUUGCUCAAUCAGCUGAUUGAAGACUUAGAAAGUUACCCAACACCUGAGCUGGAGGGCCGACCCAACCUGACAUCUCUGGACAUCCAGUUAAAGAAGAUGCGAGACAGCACCUUGACCACCAUGAAGGAAGGAGCCAGACGCAUGAGGGACGAGGCCAGAGAGAUCAGAGACACACUCACUGAUAUUGAAACCUGGUUGAACAAACUUACACUGCUGGCUGAGGAGCCUCAGAACAGCAUGCCUGAUGUGAUCAUCUGGAUGCUGCGGGGAGAGAAGAGGGUGGCCUACAGUCGCAUCCCUGCUCACCAAAUCCUCUUCUCCACAUACAGUGAACAGGCUUGUGGACGAGACUGUGGCAAGACCAAGACUGUCUUUUUACAGUACCCCAUGGACAAGACCAAGGGCUUGAAGGUGCCAGUUCAGAUUAGAGUGAACAUGUGGCUGGGUCUGUCUACACAUGAGAAAAAGUUCAACUCCUUUUCUGAGGGAACCUUCAGUGUGUUCGCUGAGCUGUAUGAGAACCAGGCCCAGGUAUUUGGGAAGUGGGGAACCACAGGACUGGUGGGACGCCACAAACACUCAGAUGUAACAGGCAAACUGAAGCUGAAACAACAGUACUUCAUGCCCCCCAGAGGAUGGGAGUGGGAGGGCGACUGGUUCAUUGACCCAGAGAAAGCUCUGUUGACAGAGGCAGAUGCAGGACACACUGAAUUCAUGGAUGAGGUGUUCCAAAAUGAGACUCGUUUCCCUGGUGGAGAGUGGAAAUCUGCCUCCGAACCAUUCACCGAUGUGAAUGGGGAAAAGAGCUACAACCCUGGAGAGUUUGAUUGUCCUCCAGGUUGGCAGUGGGAGGACAAAUGGACUGUUGAUGUCAACAGAGCCGUGGAUGAUCAAGGCUGGGAGUACGGGGUGACCAUUCCUCCAGAUGACAAGCCUCGGUCAUGGGUCUCUGCAGAGAAGAUGUACCAUGUCCACCGCAGGAGAAGGCUGGUUCGACCUCGCAAGAGAGCUGCACUCCCUGCAGGAGCAGUUAGAAAAAGUUUGAACCCCGAGGGCUGGGAAUUCUCCUCACUGAUUGGCUGGAAUUUCCACAGGAAGGAGCGUUCUUCAGAUACGUUUCGUCGAAGGCGCUGGAGGAGGAAGAUGGCACCAGAGGACCGCCUUGGAGCAUCUGCCAUCUUCCAGCUGGAAGGGGCACUGGGUGUUGAUACUGAAGAGAAAGAGAAAGGCUCCAAGGGCGACGCCACAAAGUUGUUUGGUGCCAACACGCCCACUGUGUCCUGCUCCUUUGACAGGUCGUAUAUGUACCAUCUGCGUGUCUACGUCUAUCAGGCGAGAAACAUGGCAUCUUUGGACAAAGAUAGCUUUUCUGAUCCGUAUACGCACGUGUCCUUCCUGCAUGUUAGUAAGACAACAGAGAAGCUGCGAGCAACACUGAAUCCAACCUGGGAUCAAACUCUGAUUUUCAAUGAUGUGGAGAUUUAUGGAGACCCUCAGACUAUUGCUCAACGCCCCCCUGAUGUUGUACUGGAGUUCUACGACUACGACCAAGUGGGAAAGGAUGAGCUGCUGGGCCGCAGUGUUUGUACCCCACUGGUGAAGUUGAAUCCAGGAAUAGAUCAAACACCGAAACUGCUGUGGCACCCCAUCUUCCAGAAGGGGCGUCAGACAGGAGAGGCACUGGUGACUGCUGAACUCAUCCUUAAAGACAAGUCAGGUGAGUCAGAUCUUCCCCUGGUUCCUCCAAAGAGAGCAGAGAACCUCUACAUGGUUCCCCAGGGCAUCCGGCCUGUUGUGCAGCUCACUGCGAUAGAGAUUCUGGCCUGGGGUCUGAGGAACAUGAAGCCAUAUCAGCUGGCCGCGGUGUCCUCACCCAGCCUGGUAGUGGAGUGUGGAGGGCAGAGAGUGGAAUCAGCUGUCAUCAAGAACAUUAAAAAGAGCCCCAACUUCCCCAGCUCUGUCCUCUUCAUCAAAGUGCUCCUCCCAAAAGAUGAGAUGUACACACCACCCAUUGUCCUGAAGGUGAUUGACCACCGUCCAUUUGGCAGGAAGCCCGUGGUGGGUCAGUGCACCAUCACGUCUGUGGAGCAGUUCAGAUGCGACCCCUACAUCAUCACUGCAGAGGGAGCCAUGUCUUCUAAAAUGGCUCUCAUGAUGGCGACUCCGGUCAGAGAUGUCUCUAUUAACAUGGAAGAAAGCAGACCACUGCUAGAAGCUCAGGAAAAAGAGACAGUUGAUUGGUGGAGUAAAUUCUACGCGUCAACUGGAGACCAGGAGAAAUGUGGCCCAUACCUCAAGAAAGGAUAUGACACCCUUAAGGUUUACGAUUGUGAACUGGAGGAUGUCCUAGACUUCAAAGGGCUAACUGAUUUCUGCAACACUUUCAAACUGCAGCGAGGCAAGAAUGAAAAUGGGGAUGAUGACCCCUCGGUGGUCGGAGAGCUCAAGGGUUCAUUCAAGGUCUACCCUCUGUCAGACGACCCAAGUAUUGCUCCUCCUCCUCGUCAAUUCAGAGAGCUGCCAGAAAGCGGGCCUCAACAGUGUUUGGUCAGGAUUUACGUGGUCCGGGCUUUAGACCUGCAACCCAAAGACAAUAAUGGCAGUUGUGAUCCAUACAUAAAAAUAUCAGUAGGAAAGAACACGGUUGAAGACAGAGACCAUUACUUGCCUAACACUACCAACCCUUUGUUUGGAAGGAUGUUUGAGAUGACGUGUUUCCUGCCCCAGGACAAGGACCUGAAAAUCUCUGUGUAUGACUAUGAUCUCCUGACCCGCGAUGAGAAGGUUGGUGAGACAGUGAUUGACCUGGAGAACCGCUUCCUGUCCCGGUAUAACGCCUACUGUGGUCUGCCCCAAACCUACUGCAUUUCUGGUAUUAACCAGUGGCGUGACCAGAUGAAGCCAUCCCAUAUCCUGGAGAACCUGGCUCGUCUAAAAGGCCUGUCCAAGCCCAGGACCGAAGACAACGGCACAUCACUCACCUUCAAUGGCAAACAAUACACGCUGGCUCAGUUUGAGGACAACAAGGAAAUUCAUCAGCACUUGGGUCCGGCCCGGGAACGCCUCUGUCUGUAUGUGCUCAGAAACCAGGGCCUUGUACCUGAACAUGUGGAGACCAGGACCCUUUACAGCAGCUUCCAGCCAAAUCUCUCUCAGGGAAAGCUUCAGAUGUGGGUGGAUGUUUUCCCCAAAAGCAUCGGCUUGCCUGGACCUCCCUUUGACAUCACACCACGCAAGGCUAAGAAGUUUUUCCUGCGUGCUGUCAUCUGGAAUACCACAGAUGUGAUUCUAGAUGAGACCAGCAUCACCGGAGAAGAAAUGAGUGACAUCUAUGUCAAAGGCUGGAUGCCAGGCAUGGAGGAGGACAAGCAGAAGACUGAUGUCCACUACAGGUCUCUGGACGGGGAUGGCAACUUUAAUUGGAGGUUUGUCUUUGACUUCGACUUCCUGCCAGCAGAACAGCUCUGCCUGGUGUCCAAGAAGGAGCAUUUCUGGAGUCUUGACAAAACAGAGUUCAGGAUCCCCCCCAAGCUGAUUGUUCAGAUAUGGGAUAACGACAAAUUCUCACUGGAUGAUUACCUUGGCACACUGGAGUUGGAUUUGCGUAACCUGGUUCCUCCUGCAAAGACCCCAGAGAAGUGUUCUCUGAAUAUGAUGGAUGUUUUGGAAAUGGAGGUUCCACAGAAGAUGGAAAAUGCCAAGUCUCUGUUUGCUCAACAGUCAGUCAGAGGCUGGUGGCCAUGCUCCAUUGAAAAGGAUGGGAAGGUGUCCCUGGGUGGCAAAGUGGAGAUGACAUUGGAGAUCGUCAGUGAAACAGAUGUAGAUGAGAGACCUGCAGGAAAAGGCAGGGACGAACCCAACAUGAACCCAAAACUGGACCCUCCAAAGCGCCCAGAAACAUCCUUCUUUUGGUUUACCAACCCCUGUAAGACCAUGAAGUUCAUUGUGUGGCGAAGGUUCAGGUGCCUCUUCAUCGGACUCAUCAUUCUCUUCAUACUGGUUCUAUUCCUCGCUAUCUUUCUGUACUCUUUACCGAACUACAUCUCCAUGAAGAUAGUGAAUCCACUAGGAUAACUCAACAGUGGAGGAGAAGCCAUUGACCCAUUAAGGAAAAUGAAAAUAUCUACAGGAUCACAAUAACUGGGCACAACUACUGCUAAAAAGUCAAUAUCUUUUUUUUACUGCCUAUAGUGUUUUAUAAAGGUCUAACUGGAUGGGAAGGGUUGCUUGCACAUUUGCACUACAUCAACAUACUGCCAUAAAAACUGCUCAGCAAUACAAUAGAAAAUAGGACAUAAAUCUGACUGCUUAACACACACACAAACAAACAAACAAACACACACACACACACACACACACACACACACACACACACACACACACACACACACUCUGAGUGGUCAGAAAAUAGAAACCCCUUGUACACUGUAAUGCAAUCUUAUAUGUGCACAUGAUUGUAAGGUUUCUAUAUAAGCACACUUUAUAUAAAUGAGGUGACAAGUGACUGAUAGGUUUCACAAAGGUAGUAUUUUUACAGGACAGUUGUAUUUGAUUUCAU